UAUCUGGUGGUGUGGUGGAGUGGUGUUUGAGUGUGUGCGGUCGGACUGUGGUUGUGUUUCAGCCGUGCUCGUGUUGAUAACGACAAACUCAGGACGCGUUUCAUCGCAGAGAGAUGGGAAUGCAGAAAAAAUGGCUCUGAAACAAACCAUUCGAACGCUGCUGGCCCUAGUCGCGGUAUCCGCCGUCGGUCAUGCUCUGCGUUGUAACUGCACAAACUGUGAGAAGACUGGUUAUGAGUGCGAGACCGAUGGCGCCUGCAUGGCUUCAACAUACUAUAACCAGGGGAAGCAGCAACAUGUACGCAUCUGUAUCACCCGGGACAACCUGGUCCCGCCUGGACAGCCUUUCUACUGUCUGAGCGCUGAAGGGCUGCUCAACACGCAUUGCUGCUAUGUAGAUUACUGCAACAGUAUUGAUCUGAAAGUCCCAGUUCCAACCAAGGCAGGGAGUGACUGGACAGGCCAAGGCAGUCCUUGGGGGCCAGUGGAGCUGGUGGCGGUCAUCGCAGGGCCAGUGUUUCUGUUAUGUGUGCUUUUGAUGGUCGGCGUGUUCCUCUUCCAGUAUCACCAGAGGGCCUACAGCCACAGACAGAGGCUGGAGGUAGAGGACCCCUCCUGUGACCAUCUGUACUUGGCCAAGGACAAAACCCUGCAGGACCUCAUCUAUGACAUGUCCACCUCUGGAUCUGGCUCAGGUUUGCCACUGUUUGUGCAGCGGACGGUGGCCAGGACUAUUGUGCUACAGGAGAUAAUAGGAAAGGGUCGGUUUGGUGAAGUGUGGAGAGGGAAGUGGCGCGGGGGAGACGUGGCGGUGAAAAUCUUCUCAUCCAGAGAGGAACGCUCCUGGUUCCGAGAGGCUGAGAUCUACCAGACAAUCAUGCUACGACAUGAAAACAUCCUCGGAUUCAUUGCUGCAGAUAAUAAAGAUAACGGCACAUGGACUCAGCUGUGGCUCGUGUCGGACUAUCAUGAGCACGGCUCUCUCUUUGAUUACCUGAACCGCUACUCUGUCACCAUCGAGGGCAUGAUCAAACUCGCACUGUCAGCAGCCAGCGGCCUGGCACACCUACACAUGGAGAUCCUCGGCACUCAGGGUAAGCCUGGUAUCGCUCACCGUGACCUCAAGUCUAAAAAUAUCCUGGUUAAGAAGAACAACGUGUGUGCCAUCGCUGACCUCGGUCUGGCCGUCCGCCACGAGUCCAUCACAGACACAAUCGAUAUAGCACCGAACCAGCGCGUGGGCACUAAGAGGUAUAUGGCUCCAGAGGUUCUGGAUGAAACCAUCAACAUGAAACACUUUGAUUCCUUCAAGUGUGCUGACAUUUACGCGCUGGGCCUGGUCUACUGGGAAAUUGCGCGCCGCUGCAACACGGGAGGUAUUCACGAGGAGUACCAGCUGCCCUACUACGACCUCGUCCCGUCAGAUCCCUCCAUAGAGGAGAUGAGGAAGGUGGUGUGUGACCAGAAACUGAGGCCCAACGUGCCCAACUGGUGGCAGAGCUACGAGUCACUGCGUGUGAUGGGGAAGAUCAUGAGGGAGUGCUGGUACGCCAACGGAGCGGCCAGACUCACCGCCCUGCGCAUCAAAAAGACUCUGUCUCAGCUCAGCGUGGAGGAGGACGUCAAGAUGUGAGCGCCGGGCGACCCGGGGGAGGAGGGGGGGAGACGCGCUGGAGACGCACGGCCAGACCCCGAACACUCCUAUAGGAAACAAACACUAAAGACAGACUGCAAAGACAAAAAACCCUGCCAGUUUUAAAGCCACACUCCAAGUUGUGACAAGGCCUACCUCACCUUUUUAGCCAAAACUACUGAGAAUCCCCCGCCCCCACCCACCCCCACCAGAACAUUUCUCCCUCCUGCCUUCCUUUGACCCUUGUGUUUCCUUCCUGUGCCCGUUGACCCCUCCCCUCCCUCCCUCCCUCCUCCAUGGGCCACAACACCACAGCACUACCACUGUUAAUAUCAUCUCACUUGACCUUUUUUCUGUUUUCCAUUAACCAUGGCAGGAAUUAUUUCUAUUGUACAGUGAUGGGAUUUUUUCUUCUGUUUUUUGUUUUUUUUGGUUUUUACCUCUGAAACUUUCCCAUGAUGGACGAACCUUGUCCAGAAGAGUCGAGCAUGUUGCAGGUUUUUAAGUUUUUAAAUAGCACGUGUGUUCUGUUGGCCAUUCUGUCACUGAGUGUGUGUGUGUGUGUGUGUGUGUGUGUGUGUUAGGGGGCAUCGUUUCUGUGGCUACAUCCACACUACUGCAUUUAUGUCUAAAGCCACACACGUAAAAAGACAAUAAUUACUCUCCGUACACUCUCAUAACAGAAAUCCUACUGUCUGCGCAUGUGUGUGUGUGUGUUUUUUUACUCUAAGCAAACAACUGCAUUUAAAUCUGCUUCCUGUUUACACCUGAAGGGUCAUAUAUUCUGGUGUGUUAUUAAGGACGCAGAUUAUUCCUGAUAUGGUGCUUCAGUGUCUGUUUUGGACACGGAUUAAGUAUUCGUAGUAUGGAUGUAGCCCAAGACACUCGUACGCCCUCUGGUAUCAAGUGUAGUUGUAGACAAAAGCAGCACGAGCGGCUACGUCGUGCUUUCGUCCCACAGACAGAAAUGUAACUGGAGCUUCCUCAUCACGCGACGUGAGACCUCGCCUCAUCAGGGAUGUGGUUCCCGUCCUGGUGUUAGUUUGAAAUGUGGCAGGGAAUAAUGUUUGGGAUGGUUUGUUUUUAUUAUUUAUUUGUCGAUUUUGAUAUUUUUUAUUUCAUAUUGAUGAACACUGUGAGAUGAGAUGUGUGUGUGUGUGUGUGUGUGUGUGUGUGUUGGGGGUGGAAUGUAACGUUCACCGUUAUUCUUCUUCAGCGGACGUCGGGGUGGACGUAGCCAUAACCCCGCAGGUGAGCGGUAAUGACAUCAUGCAAACUGAGCAAAUAAGAAGCGUAUGAAAAUGGCAAUGAAUUUAGUUUUGUUUGUUUUUUUUCCAGAUAUGUUUUGUGUUUUAUGUAAAGAUAUCAUGAUGAGUGUUUUUUCCUUUUUGACAUUAGACACUACUGAUGGGUACAUAUGAUUUGUGUAUAUAUAAAAACAUGCAUUUGUUCCUUUUAUACCACAAGCACCAGUGUGAUAUGUUGUUGUUUUUGCUUGAAUGGUACUUUUCAGAAGUCUUUACUGUGAUCUGUCUGCAUGGUUUCCAACUGUGCCAGGAAAUAGUCUGUGUCACCUGCUGGAAUUUGUUUUUCACGUGCUCCCCUCAUGGCAGUUUGGUGGUACUACUGAUCCCAGUUCAUUUUGUUUUAUUU